AAAGCCGGCAGUGGCGCUUGGGGAAGGAGUUUGCACAGUGCUCCUGGGUCUGUGAUUUCUAAUCCCGGGGCUACUCCUGUCUGUAUUUGUCAUCAUGGGUUGUACGCUGGCCAAGGACAAGGAGAUCCCUAAGGGAUUCCCUCUGGCUUUGGGGGGGCCCGCCCCCUCAGGGGCUGCGGGAGCGAAGUCGCCCGUAGCCGCCUCAGGCGCGGUCGCUAGCGGGGAAGCGGCGGCCCCUUCAGGAGCUGCAGGGUCGGUUCUGGCUGGAGCCGCCCCAGGGGUGGUGCUGACUGCCGGCGCGGUUGCUACGGCAACGGGGGCUGCCGCCGGCACAAGCGUAGUUGCGGGCGUGGACGCCUCCGUCCCCGCAGGGGCCGACACGGCCCCGGGAAGAGGGGUGGAGCCGCCCACUGCGGCCGGAAUUGUCCCCACAGUGAUGGGAGGCACCGGCGUAGAUCUUGGAACUGCGGGAGGAGGAGCAGGGGCGGUGCCUGCAGCCGGGAUCACCGCCCCGGCCGACACGGGACCCUCCGGCUCCGCCAUUGUGGGCGGGGCUGGAGCCGCCCCCUCUCCCCCAGCAUCGACUGCGCCGCCCAGUUAUGUAGGAUUUCCCACUGUGGAAAGGGGGAAGCAGGAACUGGAGGGAUUUCCAGCUUCUGCCCCAUAUCAUCAGGGAACGAGCACUCCAAGAAAGAGCAAAUCAAUCCCGGCCUCCGACAGGAAGCAAAGGCGGGGUCUUCCCCCCUUUGACCCCUCGAGCGUGAAAGUCGAAACUCGAGACAGUGAUUUUACUGACACAGGUACAGAAGCCUCUGAUGGCAAAUUAGAUAGUAGCACGGAGGAGGAAAAACCUCCUGUAGUAAAACCAAAAACAAAGGGGAGGAGAGUCCGUGAAGCCCUAGCAGAUCCCAGCCCAGUGGCUAGAAGAACGAGGACAAAGAAGGAAAAACCUGUGGUAGAGGCUCCCUUAAGACAGGCUAUGGGUAACCAAGGCCCAGUGUUAAUAAAGGUUCCUUUUUGUCUGGUUGAAUUGCAGCAGCGGAAAGCUUUUGUCAGAGCAUAUAGAGAUAACCCAGAUAAAGUGGCUAAUUAUGUGGAAAGAGCAAUUAGAACACAAAAUCCAGAUUGGUGUGACGCAGAAAUGAUGAUGGAUACAUUACUUGACUCCACAGAGAAGGAAAUGGUUAAGCGAGCUGCUCAGUCUAGAAUUGAGCUACUAAUAACAGGUGGAGUACUCACAGGGAAACUUAAGGAUAUUUUCCCCCUAGAGGACCCAAAGUGGGACCCUAAUUUACCAGAGGAAAAAGAAGCAUUGAAACGCUAUCAUGACUGGGUAGUGUAUGGUUUCAGGCAUGGGAUUCCAAAGGCAGUGAACUGGUCAAAGGUGGAUGAAGUAAAACAAGAUAGAAAUGAGUCCCCGACAGACUUUCUGAAUAGGCUAAGAGAGGUUAUACGAAAAUAUACAGACAUAGACACGGAGUCAGGUUUGGGGGAAAAGUACUUGGUCCAUUUGUUCAUAUACCAGUCUGCGGAUGAUAUAAGGAAAAAGCUGCAGAAGGUAGGGGGCAGGAAAGAUAUUGGUGAAUUAUUGGAUAUUGCUUGGACGGUGUAUCGCAAUAGAGAUCAGAAAGGCAGGGCAAGGGUGCUGAAGCUAGAGGAAGAUACCUGCCAUGUACUCCACAGAAGCAGUAACUGUCAGGAACGCCGCAAACAUAAUGCCUACCACAAGUAUUGUAAAUGGAAUCACCAACAUGAUAGGGCAAACGAUCGAUGUUUUUUCUGUAAAAAGAAGGGACAUUGGAAAAGGGAUUGUCCAGACUUGAAAAGAAGUGGAAAUCCAGUCCCUCAACUGUCUGUGAACCAGGAUGCAUGAAGGAGACCAGAGGAUUCUU